AUGUUCGCCCGCAUCUCCAGCAUCUCCGCCGUCUUCUUCCUCGGCUUCGCGCUGAUGGUCUCCGCUACCCCCACCCCGUCCCCGGAGAUGCUCGCCGCUCGCGGUGGCCAGUGCAACACUGGCCCCCUGCAGUGCUGCAACUCUGUCCAGCAGGCCGACGCUCCCGGGGCUGCACAGCUCUUGAAGACACUUGGUGUCGUCGUCCAAGGCACGACCACCAUGGUUGGCAUCAAUUGCAGCCCGAUCCCCAUCCUCGGUGCGGCCACGGGCACCAAAUGCACCCAACAGCCUGUCUGCUGCGAAAACAACAACUACAACGGCUUGGUCAACAUCGGCUGCUCGCCCAUCAACGGCGACCUCUGA